UCCUCCACGUUCUCAGUGACCUGUUUCGUACCGUGGUGGUCGAUUUAGCAGCCGAGUGAAGAGUCUGUGGACACAGAGGGCAACGUUUUAAUGCCCCACGUCGUUUUUGGAUUUUACUCCGAGAACUGAGAUGGCAAAAGGGAAGAAAAAUGUACUGAAAGUCGACAAAAAGCCACAGGACACUACUGAACAUAAAGUUCCCUCACAGACGGAGACAAAGGAAAACAAGCCUGCAACUAGCAAGAAUUGCGUAGGUAAAGUACAGUCAAUUCUCCAGAGCCUGCGGACUCCUAGAUCUCCUCUGAGCGACAAUACAAGUAUGCGGAUUCAAGAAGGAAAUGAUUCUGAUGCAUCUACUCCUAAUGUGUCAACACUGAAAAAAGACAUACCCAGUAAAAUUAAACAUGAGAGCUGUGAAGCCAAAGAGCAGAAACCUGAACUGGUUUCUCACAGUCAUGUGACAAAAGUACAGGACGCCAAUCAGCUCGAGCAUAAAGAGACAAUAACGCAACAGGAUGUCACGUCUGCAAAAAGCAGCAAAGUUCCAGCAUCCAAUCCUCGGAAAAGCACUAGUCGCAAGAACGGAGCAAAAAAGACGGAGAACAGAGCGACCCAAAACAAAAAGGUCACAGACUAUUUCCCCAUUAGACGGAGUAACAGGAAAACUAAAACGGAGCUAAAGGGUGAGGAACACAAACACAUUGAUGACUUGAUAAAGAAUGGCACUGAAGAAGGAAUGCAGGUCCGACACAUAGAAGGAAAAGGAAGAGGAGUAUUUGCCAUGAAGGACUUCAAAAAGGGAGAUUAUGUCGUUGAGUACCACGGCGACCUUCUGGACCUAACCCAAGCUAAAAUGAGAGAAGACAAGUAUGCUGAGGAUCCCCAAACAGGCUGUUACAUGUACUAUUUCCAGUAUCAAUCUAAAACUUACUGCGUAGAUGCCACAAAGGAAACUGGGCGUCUUGGAAGGCUCAUCAACCACAGUAAAACUGGAAAUUGCCAGACAAGGCUCCACGUCAUUGAUGGAACCCCUCAUCUGAUCUUGGUGGCUUCCAGAGACAUCGAAGCAGAGGAGGAGCUGCUCUACGACUACGGUGAUAGGAGCAAGGCCUCAGUCUCCGCGCACCCUUGGCUCAAAUACUGAAACCUCCACCAUGAGGCCUUCUUAUCUUGAGCGUUUUUUUUCACAUGAACUAAUGUUCUCUCGACAAAAAAUGGCUGACACGAACAGUUUCCACUUUGCUUUUUUUGUUUAAAUUGUCUUUGUUAUAAACAGAGGCAACUGUUUAAAUUCUUUGAAGAAUGCUUUUUUUAUAUAUAUAUAUAUAAAUGUACUUUUAUUGUGCUUUUAUAUAUCUUUCUAAAUUAAAUGUAGCCGGCUGAUAAAAGCUUGAGGAGUAUUUUGGCCAUUUGCUGGCUAUUGUGAAUUGAAGAAUAAAGUUUUAAUUCCACCGGUAGCAUGGACAGAGUUCUCCAAAAAGAAAACUCUGAGAUUGAUGAGCUGCAUGCGCCUCAGUUAGCCCACCACACCAAAAGAUAGAGGGGAGCCUUCGGACAUCUGCUGCUGCUUUUACUGCACCACUGGUGUGGAGAGGUAGAACUACUUUAAAGCAUCUGCUUUAAAAUCCACUUAUAAAAACAAAACUGAAUUUAAUCUUUAGACAUAUUGGCUUUGAACCAUUUAGAGGAUAUAAAAGACUCGCAAAUUACCCGGCAUGUCACACAGCAUCCCAACAGUUGUGGAAACAGUUCAAUACAGCUGUGCUAUAGUUUUAG